UUGUACCAAAAAGCACCUCACCAAAAGUCUAUUACUUUAUAACACACUUGAAUAAUACACCUCCUUAGCUCUUAAGAAAUACUAGAGAUUUGCUUUUUAAAAUGACAAAGGAGUCGUAGCAUAUAAGGUAGAGAGAAGAGAGUGGCAUAAUGUCUGAAAUAAGUGUGAAAAGAGAAAAUUAGCGAUACAUAGCUUCCUUCCAUCCGGACAUGGCCGAUAUGGACUGGUCUCAGCUUCCUUAUGAUCUGAUUUCAACGAUUGCGAACCGAUUAAAUGUGGUGGAAGAUUUUCUUUCAUUUUCAGGGGUUUGUCAGUCAUGGCGAUCUGUUUAUUGGACCAAAAAUUGGAGACAAAAAUGUCUUCAAUUUCCAUGGCUCAUGCUCUCAUCAUCAUCACAUGGAGGAAACAACAACAACGCCGCUGCAACUUUCUUUAGUUUCUUGAAGAAGAAGCGCCUUCAAUUAUCACUAGUGCCCCAAGCUAGGCGGUGGUGGGGGUCUGCUUGUGGAUGGCUUGUCAGCAUUGGUGGUGGUGGUGGUGGUGGUGGUGGUCACCAAAUCCAAAUCCAUCUCUUGAAUCCCAUCACCCGACUCCAUAUCAAUCUUCCAUACGAAUGUUCCAUACACAAACUCUUCGUUUUCAACACCACCUCAUUUCCAAGUGAUCAAAUGGGUGGUGGAGAUGAUGAUGAUGACAUUGUUCCACUGGUUGUAGCAAUUUGUGGGCCCAGGGGUUCUGAUUUGGCCUUUGUUAGACCAGGAGAUGAUUCGUGGGUAAUGGUGGCGGCAGCAGCAGCAGCUGCUUUCAAAUUUCUAACUCUCUUUCAAACUCAUAUUUUCGCCAUCUGUGAGGAUGGAUCACUUGUCAUGGUUGAAAUUGAGUCUGUUGCGCCAAGUGUGAUACAUAUCGCUGCACCACCAAAUUAUUAUUGUUGGGGUCGGGACGGCUUGUUGUACUUGGUGGAAUCAUUAGGAGACCUUUUGCUCAUUUGCCGUUAUGAGACUCGUUCUAUUACUGAUUUUUGUCCUCAAACUGUAAGUUUCCAAGUCUACAAGUUUGAUUUCGGAGUUAAGGAGUGGAUGGAAUUGGAUGACUUGGGUGAUCGUGCAUUAUUUGUUGGUGAUCACUUUUCAGUCUCACUCUCUGCAUCUGAUUUUCCCAAUUGUAAAAGCAAUAGCAUCUAUUUCACCCAUGAUCGUGACAGUCGGAUGAUGGUAUUUGACGAACAACACCAACUCCCACUCCCGCCCCAACAACAGGAGGAGGGGAGAUUGGAUAUGGGUAUCUACAAUAUGACAGGUAGAUCCAUUGAGUCCUUCGACUUGGGUGAUCAUGAUUUCCCACUUCAUGAUGCCACUCCUCCAAUAUGGUUCAUGCCUACCGGCUCGUCUUAGUAUAUUAUACUCGAUGCCUCUCUACUGAAUGAGAAUUUUGGAUGCUCUCCAAAAUUCUCAACUCCUCUAUUUAUUGGAUAUACAACUACUUAAGAAUAGAAGUUAAUCGAGAGGAGUUUGUAUAAUUGACUUGUAUUACUCAGACAUUAGUAGUAAUGUUGCAGUUUUAAAUUUUGC